AUGCUUACCAAGGACCAGGAGGAGGCCUUCGACUACUCUUACUACACUGGGGCUUCCAAUGGGGACUCUCCCUACGAUGCCACCCACUGGGGUGGUCCUGAGGGCUAUAUCUGUCCCUCCGAAGUGGUGUAUGCCAUGUUCAAACGUGCCAAGAAUGUGGACGGCAACCAGACUGCCCGCCUCGAAACUUGUCUGUUCCCAGAGUCUGCUUACCACGCCCUUGCACCUUGCUGCCAGAGUUACUGCACCCAAAAGUUAAUGUACCAUCGAUUCCUUUCCUCCGACCCAUGUGACCCCUACAAGGGCCUCUUCAUCGACAUCUACAAGAUGCCAUCUGCCUGCUCCUGCCACAUUUCCGCCUAA